AUUUGCUGAUGCCAGAAGCUCCAUCAGAAAGACUUCACAAAUCAAGCCUUUGGCAGGUUGCAGGCUGGGUCUCAUUCUCACCUCCACCUUGGUGCCUCGGGGGACGUGCCGUCUUCUCUAGCUGAAGCACACAGCAGUACCAGUUUGAGUUUCAUGGGAGGCAUGAAGCUGGGGCUGGCCAUCCUGUUGUACCUCAUGCUGAUAAGACUCCAGCAUGCUCAGGAUGACUGUGAUGCUGGAUCCUGCCACCCAGCUGUUGGGGACCUUCUCCUGGGUCGCAGCAAGCAAUUAACAGCUUCCUCAACCUGUGGCAUGAACAGCCCUCAGAAGUACUGCAUUAUAGGCUACCUAGAGGCUGAACACAAAUGCUUUCUCUGCGAUUCCAGGUACCCAUAUAAUCCCUACACUCAGCACAAUAGUCACAUGGUUGAAAAUGUUAUCACAACUUUUGAGCAUGAUAGAAAGAAGAAGUGGUGGCAGUCAGAAAAUGGUGUUGACCAUGUCAGCAUUAGAUUGGACCUAGAAACCUUAUUCCAGUUCAGCCAUCUUAUCCUGACUUUUAAGACAUUUCGCCCUGCAGCGAUGCUGGUUGAGCGGUCCACUGACUUUGGUCACACCUGGAAAGCGUUCAGAUACUUUGCACAGGACUGUGCAGCUUCUUUCCCCAACAUCUCUCCUGGCCCAGCAAAAAAUGUGGGAGAUGUCAUUUGUGAUUCAAGAUACUCAGACAUUGAGCCCUCCACUGAAGGCGAGGUUGUUUUAAAAGCUCUGGAUCCCAGCUUUGAAAUAGAAGAUCCGUAUGUGCCUUACAUCCAAGAGCUCAUUACAUUGACAAACCUAAGGAUCAAUUUUACUAAACUCCACACCCUUGGGGAUGCUCUGCUUGGAAGAAGACACAGCGAUCCCCUUGAGAAGUACUACUACGCUGUCUAUGAGAUGGUUGUGCGGGGCAGCUGCUUUUGCAAUGGCCAUGCCAGCCAGUGUGAUCCUGUACAGAAUCUGAGGGGAGAUGUCUUCUAUCAGCCUGGGAUGGUCCACGGGAGAUGUCUCUGCCACCAUAACACUGAAGGCUUGUCUUGUGAAAGAUGUAAAGAUUUCUACAAUGAUGCUCCCUGGAGGCCAGCUGAAGGGACACAGGAUAAUGCUUGCAAACGGUGUAACUGCAAUGGCCACUCUGGCAGAUGCCGCUUUGACCUGGCCAUAUACCAGGCCAGUGGUGGGGUCAGUGGUGGUGUUUGUGAGGACUGCCAGGACAACACUACCGGGCAACACUGUGACCAGUGCAAACCUUUCUUUUACCAGGAUCCACUCAAAGUCAUCUCAGACCCUCAGGCAUGCCUCCCCUGCAACUGUGACCCAGAAGGUACAUUGUACAACGGCAUGUGUGAGAGCCUCACUGACCCUGCUCUAGGAACGGUUGCAGGCCGGUGCCCUUGCAAGGAGAAUGUGGAGGGUGUCCGCUGUGACCAGUGCAGGGCCAACUACUAUGGGCUGAGCGGCAGUGACCCUCUGGGCUGCCAGCCCUGCAACUGUAAUCUCUCCGGCAGUUUGCCUUUCUCCAUCUGUGAUCCUGCCACUGGAGCGUGCCUCUGUCAGCAGUUCACCACAGGACGGCGCUGUGAAAAAUGCCUCGUGGGAUACUGGGGUCUUGGCAGCAGUUUGCAUGGAUGUUCCCCGUGUGAGUGUGAUAUUGGUGGAUCCCAGAAUAAUUUGUGCUCACCAAAGGAUGGUCAGUGCAAGUGCCUUCCCAACAUCAUGAGCCGUCAGUGUAACGAGCCAGCACCGGGCUACUUCUUUUUACCCUUGGAUUAUUAUAUUUAUGAAGCUGAGCACACAAAGCCCCUUUCUGGCUCAGCACCCUUGGUUAAACCAAGCACUCUUCCAAGGUGUGACAUCUACUUCCAGAAGAAAGGCUAUGAGUUCAUGAUUGAAAAUGGUAAGAUUGUGUUAAACAGGAACAAGAUACGAAGCAUAAGAAAAUCUGGACUGGACCAGGGUGUGAUGCAGUUUGGACAGGACUCGGCUGUGGUGGUGGUUUUCAGGCAGCCUAGCACUGGUCGGUCUGUUACAUGGACAGGACCUGGCUUUGCCCGCGUUCCCAGCGGAGCUGGGCUGAGAUUUGCCAUCAACAACAUUCCCUUUGCUAUGGAUUUUGAUAUCGCAAUCCGCUACGAGCCUGAGUCCUUGGAAGACUGGCUAGCAAGUGUUGCAAUCCAGCCCACUGGUACUUUGUCAAGUCAACGCUGCAAAAACAAGGGCCUUUCACAGGAGCCUCAUGCAUUGCCUCUCCCAGCCACAAAGAGCUUUUCAUCUUGGACCUAUGUAAAGAAUAGAGAGGAGCCAAGAGGAUGUGACCAAAGUCUUGAUCAAACAGGGACAGGAAAGGACAAAUAUGAACAGGUUGCACUUCUGCAAACUCCAGUCUGCCUGGAGCCAGGAACAGAAUAUUUUGUGGAUGUGUAUUUUUCUCAGUCCUCUGCCUCUGACCCAAAGGCCAAAUCCUUCAUCUUGAUUGACUCACUUGGACUUAUUCCCAGAAUCAGCUCCAUGGAGAAUUUAUGCAGUGAAAAGGAUUUAGAUGAGUACCAGAAGUAUCACUGCAUUGAAAUUGCAUCAGAAGUUGGACCUCAUGUCCUGCCCGAAGCAUGUGCACGGCUCAUAGUGAGCAUGUCAGCCCGCAUCCACAACGGCGCUGUGGCCUGUAAGUGCAAUCCCCAAGGGUCACUGAAUGCCAGCUGCAGUAAACUGGGGGGCCAGUGUCAGUGCAAAGCCAAUGUUGUGGGACGCUGCUGUGACAUCUGCUCUGCAGGCAGCUAUGGCUUCGGCUUCCACGGCUGCUACGCAUGUGAGUGCCACCCACAAGGCUCGCUGAGCGCGCUGUGUGAUCAGGUGACAGGGCAGUGCUCCUGCCGCCGGGAGGUGGAUGGCCAGCGCUGCAGCCGAUGCCUGGCUGGGUACUUCGGGUUUCCCCACUGUCGUCCUUGUGUGUGUAACGGCUUUGCAGAGCUUUGUGAUCCAGUGACUGGUGUGUGCCUGAACUGCCGGGGGUUUACAGCUGGAAGCCACUGUGAAAGGUGCAUGGAUGGCUAUUAUGGAAACCCUCUGAACAGAGAGCCCUGCCACCCAUGCAUGUGCCCAGAGGAACCUACAAGCAAUAGGUAUUUUGCACAUUCCUGUUACCAGGAUUCCCAGUCUGCACAACUAGUCUGCAAUUGUCUCGAGGGAUAUUCAGGCAGUCGGUGUGACGAGUGUCCUAGUGGGUUCUACAAAAACCCAGGCAGCCCUGGUCUUGACUGUGCACCGUGUCCCUGCAAUAAUAACAUUGAUUUGACAGACCCAGAGUCCUGUAACAGGAUCACUGGGGAAUGCGCCAAGUGUUUACACAACACCCAUGGAACAAACUGCCAGUUCUGCAAACCAGGAUAUUUUGGCUCAGCCCUUGAUCAAAACUGUCAAAGGUGCACUUGCAAUCUGUCAGGUGUUCACCCUUCCAUGUGCCCAGGUGGUGAUGCAGCCUGUCUGUGUGACCCAGCCACAGGAGCUUGCCCUUGCCUGCCCAACAUAGUGGGCAUGACAUGCAACCAGUGUGCCUCUGGCUAUUGGGACCUGGCUAGUGGAAAAGGAUGUCAGAUCUGUGACUGUGAUCCAAAAAACUCCCAAAGCAACCAGUGCAACCAGCUUACAGGCCAGUGUCCAUGUAAGCUAGGUUACAGUGGAAGAUGUUGUGAUGAAUGUGAGGAAAACUACUUUGGCAAUCCCCAGGCACGCUGCGUUUCAUGCGAGUGUAACCUGGAGGGAACCAGCCAUCCCAAGUGUGACAAAGCCACUGGCGUGUGUAACUGCCGUGCUGGUGUCACAGGCCGAUUCUGCAACCAGUGUGGCCGUGGCUUUGAGAAAGAUUUCCCCUCUUGCCGCCAGUGUCAUCUUUGUUUUGAUCAGUGGGACACUGAAAUUACUGCCCUCGCUCAGACUGUUCAGGGUUUAAUGAAGUUUGCUGCAAACCUCGAAGAUAAAGGGGGACAAAUGCCCACCUGUGACACGCGCUUCAGAGCCUUUGAAGAUGCCAUUUCUGAAACUGAAAGAAUUUUAAAACAUCCUGUUCUUUCACUGGAGGCCAUCUCAGGCAUCAAGGAUUUCCAGGGCUAUGUUCACCAGAAAGUUGCAGAAAUGUAUCCCCUUCAUGGUACACAGUAUGAGUUUCCUGAUCUUAAUAAGAGCAUAGAAGACAUUGGGGAAGAAGCUGACCUAGUGUAUGAACUUCUACAACAGAAAAUACAUCUGCAUCGAAGUUUUCAUUACUUGAGCCUGAAAGAGGCCAUCAGCAACAUUAAGAAACACUUUGAAGUAUCAUUGCUGGCAGAACAGAAGACCAGUGAGACAGCCCCUAUUGUAAGAUACUCAGAAUAUACCAGGAACUGUGUGCUUACUAUGUUGGGCCAUCAGGCCUUGAAAGCAAGCAAUGUGCUGGAACAAUUGAAGAUGAUCAAGAGCCCUGAUGUCCAAAACUUAAAUGAAAAGGUCUGCGGUGUGCCAGGAGACAAGUCCUGUGUCACAGCAGCCUGUGGGGGAGCUUUGUGUCGGGACAGUCAUGGACUCAGGCAGUGCGGUGGCCCAAACUGCAGCGGGGCUCUUCCUCUCUCCACUGAAGCCUUCAGGAAAGCUGAGGAGACUGCUGUGCUGCUAAAUAACUUGACUACUCAGCUACAGGAACCUGAGAAUCAGGUUGAAAGCAUUAGAAAAAUGGCAGAAUACAGCAAGUUGAAAGGCUCACAAUUUAAUGCACAACUGGAGAAGACUAAGAAUCAAAUUGAAGUGGAUGGAGAGAUCGCUAAGGAGUUCAUCCGAAAAGUGAAAGACUUCUUGUUAGAUGAGAGUGUGCCUCCAGAAGAUAUCGAGAAGGUGGCAAAUUACGUUCUGCAAAUAAACCUUCCCCUGACUCCACAAGAGCUCACGGGCAUGCUUGGCAUUAUGGACCACUGUGAGAAGUACAAGCUGGAUGCACUUAAGAGAAACAGAAAAUGGGAGGAAGCUCAGAUGCUGCUGAGGGAGGCACAAGAAGCUGACAAAGCAGCUAAUGCUCUUCUGCCUGUGGAUGAAAUUAAUAAUAAACUUAAAAAUGUUGUGAAAUCCCAAAGACACUCCAAAAAUACCAUCAUAAAGUUAAAUGAAGAGAUACAAGGCAUCAGAACACAGAUCUCACAGGCUGAGAACCAAGUGAAUAAGACAAAUGACAAACUAAAUGACUUGUCAGCAAAACAGUCUGAAAUGGAAGAUGAAAUUGCAACACUGCAGGCAAAAAUGCUGAUGAACAAGAAUCAAGCUACAAAGGCAAGAGCAGGGGCAGAAGCAGCACACAAGCGAGCCCAGAACAUUGAUAAUGAGUUUGCUGACAUUAAAAGAAAGUACAGCAUUCUUCAAGAAAAGCUGAAAGCCCAAGGACCUCCAAAAGCAACACUAGAAAAAGUGAAGCAGCUGAAAGAAGAAGCAGAGAAACUGGCUGAGGAGACUGAGAAGAAAAUUAAAAGAAUAACAGAUUUGGAGAAGAAGCUUCAGGAUCUGAAUCAAACCAAACAAGACAAGGCAGAGCAAUUGAGACAACUAGAGGAACAAGUGAUAGCCAUUAAAAAUGAAAUCACGGAGCAGGAAAGCAAGUAUGCAACAUGCAAAAGUUAGGGUCUGAACAGACCAUCAGGAUGCUGAACAGACUGACAAUGUCUCUUCCUCAGUUAAAACCAGUUGUGUCAUUCCUGGCUGGAUUGUCCCACAGCAAGCAUCACAGGAGCAGCCCAGCACUGCUUCAGAGCUCGGGUGCAGCCCAGAGCACAUCCGUAAAACAAGGAAUGCUCUGCAGGAAUACAAGGCUCUUAUAAUUUACCCAUCCUCCUGUCAGCAGCACCCAUAAAGCAAUCCUGAUUGAUCUGAGGGAGAUAAAUCAUCCACAGUUAUCACUCUGUGUUUAGAAGAGCUAAAGUAGCAUUUGUAUGCAGUGGAG